AUGGCUAAAACACCCAAAGCUUAUAACCAAGAAAUAGACCUUGAUAAUUUAGACCUCGAACGCUCCUAUACUCUUGAAGAGUUCGAGUAUAUCAACAGCCGGCUGAAAAACUAUACUUUGGAAAUUGAUGGAAAACCUGUAAACCUUUUUGAGCUUGACAAAAACGGAAAACUAGUACCCAUGCCACAAACACCGUUUCGUAGAGAACAGGUGGUUGCAGAAAUUGCCGGUCAACUUCGUAAUUGGAACAUACAAACUCAGCAAGGUGGUGGUGUCACUACAUCGCAGGGUGGAUUUGAUUUUGUCAUUGAUCAUGAAACAGCGAUUAGGGCACCAGAUGUUGCUUUUACACCUAAACAUAUAGUCCUCCAGCUGACUGAUGAACAGGCUUGGACCUUCCAGGGUGCUCCCUUCACCCCUACAUUUCUUGUUGAGGUUGCUGAUAUCGAGGAGGACACAGAUAAUUCAAAAUUCAAGGAAGCAGACGAGAGAUUUAAAAAUGAACUCAUAACACGAAGCACAGUGGUCCAGCUUGGUUGGUUAAUCGAUCCCCAACAUAAGCGAAUUUACAUAUAUAGGAGGGGUAGGAGACGUAGUAAUCCUGGAUGGGGAGAUAUUAGCGGUGAAAAUGUUUUGCCAGGUUUUGUGUUGGAUAUGUCUUUAAUUAAUAGAAUUAUUGAUCCGACUUCUGGGUCAAUCUUUGAUGUAUUUUACAUAUGUAUGAGGUUUGGGUCUGUGAAAAAUCUUGCGGACUUUGCCAAGGAAUCAAAAAUAACUGCUAACCCACCUUUAAGCAAACAAACUCAAACUAAUUUACCCGUGGAAAACAAAACCACUCAAACUAGUUUAGCCACCCAAACUAAAUCAGUUCAAACUAAUCCAAAACUUGUACCAGAAGUAGUCGAAGCAUUACUAUCAGACACAAUAAAAAAUCUAGAAGAAGAUUUGACUUCCAGCCGCCAAGCCAAUCAAAAGUUAUUAGAAGAAGUAAAUCUUUUUCAAAAGAAUAAAGAACUGAUUAAAGAAGCAAUCGAAUUUCAUUUGAAUCAAGCACAAGGUUUUCUUUCUACUUAUGAUAUGUCUUGCUCCGCUGCCCGAGAAAUAAUAAGAAAAAAAUUAGCAAGAGAAGAGCAAGAGUUUGCCAAGUAUUUAGAGAGGGUGGAAGACCCUAAUUAUCAAGGGGGUUCUUGGGCUUUGCCGGAGAAUGCUACUACUUCUGAAAAAACUAAAUAUGAACUGUGUGAAAAAGUAAUUAGAUAUAAGCGAAACAAGCAACUUACCACUGAAAAAUUAGCUCAAAAAGUCCAGUUAAGCAAAGCUGAAAUGGAAGACAUUCUCUACUGUCGAAUUGAUUAUCUUACCCUCGACCGCUUACUCUCCUAUACUGAUAAAUUAUUUGCUCCUUCCCAAGUAGAAAUAAUUAUUAAGGAACCAAAACAGCGAAAAAGAAUUUUUGCCCGUGCCUAA